ACUAUUACAACAAACAUACACUUCGAUAUUUUGUCUCGCUGCGUCAGUGAACGUACAGACAAACAUAUUGCCUUCUUACAACUUUACAUCUUUGUAAACACCGUAACACCUACGACAAACUCAAAAUGUCUGUAAGUCAACCUCGCCAGAACUUCAAUGCCGAGAGCGAAGCUGGAAUCAACCGCCAGAUCAACCUGGAGCUUUACGCCUGCUAUGCCUACCAGUCCAUGUCCUACUACUUCGACCGUGACGACGUCGCCCUGCCAGGGUUCGCCAAGUACUUCAAGAAGGCCUCAGAUGAGGAGCGUGAACAUGCCGAGAAGUUCAUGAAGUACCAGAACAAAAGGGGAGGAAGAAUUGUCCUUCAAGAUGUCAAGAAAGCAGACAGAGAUGAGUGGGGAACUGGACUGGACGCCAUGCAGGCGGCCUUGACCUUGGAGAAGCAAGUGAACCAGUCUCUACUUGACCUUCACGACGUUGGAGAUAAACACGGAGACAAACAGUUCAUGGACUUCCUGGAGAGCGAGUACCUGGAGGAACAGGUGGACGCUAUCAAGGAAAUCUCAGACCACAUCACCAACCUGAAGCGCGUUGGUUCCGGCCUUGGCGAGUACUUGUACGACAAAGAGUCCCUGGAGUAAACCCUGGAUACAACCAAGAUAAAUACCGGACAUCUAUUGACAAGUGUCAACAACGUGUUAACAGCAACAGUAUAAUAACAAUACAGCAGUAUGUGUUGGUUAAAAGAAACAAUUUACAACUUCAUUUGGUGAACAAAUAAAAGAAUUAUGUUUUGGUUAAAAGAAACAAUUUACAACUUCAUUUGGUGAAAAAAUAAAAGAAGAUACCAGGGUAAUAAAAAAUGUGAAACACAAU